AUGACAGAUCUUCUCGUCCCUCCUCGUCCCAUGAAGAGGGCUCGUUCUUCCUCUCCUCCCCUUCCAGAUCUUCAAGAAUCACCUCUCAACUAUAUUCUCAAGAAACAAAGACGUGAUACCAAUUUUACCUCCCAUCUCUUUCAACCUUGCCCUACUGGCUAUCCCGUUACCUAUCCAGAUCCCCCCGAAUCAUCUACUGCUCAUCGCAAACUACUACAAGGUGUUGAAAGACGUCGUACACGUCAAUGGGAGUUUCUCAACGCUCCUUCUCCUCACCUUCCAUCUCAUCCUCCUUUGGGUACCACCUCACAACCUUCUCCUCAGCACGGACCAUCUUCAGACAAUUGGUAUCCCUCACCUAUCAAGUAUCAUUCUCAACCCGAGUUUACACACAUGUCGGAAUUAUCAUCAUCGCCUAUACGUCAUCAACCACCCUCCUCGUCGCCUUUUCGACCUUCAAGCGAGACAGUCAUCUCAAGCGAUACGGAGUCAGGGAUGGAGAUAGAAAUUGAAGAUAUGAUGAAAGAGUGGGGAGAAGAGUAUGCCAGUCAGAAUUCUCUAUUGCAUAACUUGCACCGAAGUCGUAAUGGUGUCCCUAUCCGCAACUCCAACAAUCAACCUGAAACGUCGAGUUCACAAAAAUCACACCAUCAUUUGACUACCCCAUACCGAAAUCAUGUCUCUUUAUCCUCCUCACCAUAUCCUUCUACCAGAGUACCUGCCAGUGAAACAGAUACAUAUACCGAUGAUGACGAAAUGGAUGGGUGUGGAGGGCAGGUCGAUGAAGUGGGCGAAGAAGCGGUUAGAAAAAGAUAUGAAGAGGCGAAUAGAUUAUUGGCUGAAUUGGAAGUCGUGAGACGUCAAAGAUGGGGCCAGAACCGACAAGCUUAA